UUAAAACAAAAUACGAGAGAAUAACUAAAUUCCAAAUGAUUUUAAAACUUUUAAAAUAAUUUAAAAAAAAGAAAAAAAAAACGUAGCAAUCUUCUUUUUUGUAGUCUAAAAAAAUGUUUUUUUUUUGUGAUUUAAAAAAUAUCUACAAUAUAAAAAAGUAAAACUGUAGUCAUUAUUUAAAUUAAUAAUAAAUUUGUGAUUAGUAGAGAAGCAACAAAAAAAUAAAACUUGUUAUAUAGUUCUGGCUGGUUCUGGUUUAACAGCAUUGAAUGGAAGAAGUUGAAGAAGAAAAGUUAAAAAAGCAAUUUCAGAUCGUAAAUUCAUUUUUAAGAAAUAGAAGUUUAUAGGUUUCCUUACACAAAAUGCGGCAGCUUUAUAAAUUAAGAAAUUAUUUUUAUAUUUUAUUAAUUAUAGCAUUUCUAACAUGUGUUGAAAGUCAAAGAAUUUGCCGAUAUAAAGACAGAUGUAUUACUUUCCCAGAUGAAAAAGAAUUAUAUCAAUCACAAGUUCCAGUUUUUAGUCCUAUACCAAUUACAACACCAUUAUAUAGACCUCAACAGAGUCAGCAACAACAACAAUUCAUAUUUUCACAACCAUCUAGAGAAGAGCAUCAAACUUUAUUACAGAACAAUCAACCAUUACAGCAAACAAUCAGAGAACCUAUAAUUCCGCAGUAUAGUCAUUCCGAUAGCACAAUAAUUAAUUAUGAUUCUCCGAUUGCUAAAAAUGUUUCCUUAAGUAUAUUGCAUUUAGCUCAACAAUUUAGCCGACAUUUUCAAAGUAAUUCAUUAAAUGGGGAACAAAUAUUUUCCCCUAUCUCCAUUUUCUCUGUUUUACAAUUACUUUUGGCUGGAGCAAAUGGAAAAACUUAUAAUGAAUUAAAUCAAUUCUUAUCAUAUCACUCUGAUAUGGGUACUUCUUCAUAUCAGGAGGAAUUUGGUAAAUUAAUAGAAGAUUUAAUACUUCAUGAAACAGAGCUUAAAAGGCAUAGACCAGAUGCAGAAUGGAAAACAUCUGUAAAUAAAAACGAAAUGCAAGAAAAUAGAGAACCGAAGAAUGUAAACGAUAAUACACAAAAAGUUAAAUUAGCAAAUGGAAUUUUCAUUCAAAAUGGUUAUCCUUUACGUUCAAUAUAUCAAAGAGUUGUCGAAGAAAUUUACAAAAGUGAAAUUGAAGCAUUAGAUUUUAACCAAAAAGAAAAUGUAGUAAAUUAUAUCAAUAAUUGGGUCAAUCAAAGAACCUAUGGCAAAAUACCGUCAAUAGUUGACAAAAGUGGAAUUAAUCGUGACACAAGUAUGAUAAUGGCAUGUGCUAUAUACUUCAAAGCAUUUUGGGAAAAACCAUUUAUUAGUGGGGGAACUAUGGUUAAUGAUUUUUAUCCUGAUGGUCCAGCUGGUCCAAAAAUUAAAGUUAAUAUGAUGGCCAAUGGUGGAGUUUUUCCCUAUUACGACGAUCCAGAAUAUAAAAUAAAAGUAAUAGGAUUUCCUUAUAAAGAUGGCCCAACAACGAUGUAUAUUUUUCAACCAUAUGAAUCAACAAGAGAACGAUUAAGGCAAAUGCAAGAAUUAUUAACACCGGAAGUUAUAGAAUACAUGAUUUCACAAAUGAAGAAAAAAACAGCUGUUUUUGUUUUUCCCCGUUUACAUGUUGCAAACUCAUUUAAUUUAAAAUCUACUUUAUCAAAUAUGGGAUUACAUUCCAUAUUCUCAGUUAGAACUAGUGAUUUAUCUUUGAUUUCGGAACUAGUACAUCAACCAUUUGAAUCUCAAAGAAAUACAGAAAGUUCUAGACCAAUUUACAAACAAACAACUGGUUCUCCACAAUUACAAGAUAAUUCACACUUUCAGCACGUUGUACAGCCGAUAUAUAAACAACCAAAUCCCACACGCGGGUCUGAUAUUAUAUUUUUGAGUAGAUUUGGAGAAACUGAAUCUGAAUUAAAUAAUACAACCGAACAUAUCUUAGAUGCAAAUUAUGUUACGCCUACACCUUCAACAAAAGAAAAAAGUAGAAAGAAACGGGCAGUUACAUACAAAGUCGAAAGAGAAGACAAACGUAAAGAUCAGCCCUUAAGGUUUAAAGAUUUAGUCAUAAACAAAAGAAUAACAAAGUUAAAUAAAGGAAAAAAAACUACAAGAUCUCGAAGACAAGUUUCUCAAAUAACAACACCCAAUAACCUUUUACAGUAUUUGGAUUCAAUAAGAACCAAUCAAAAUUUAAUAAGGCCAGAUUUAUAUGUAGAUGACAUUGUCCACAAAGUUGAUUUAGUUGUUAAUGAAGAAGGAACAGAAGGAGCUGCAGCUACUAUCACUUAUUUAAGAAGAUCCGGUACGGACAUUGUUUUUCGAGCUGAUACACCUUUUUUGAUAAUAUUACGCCAUGAUCAAACCAAAAUUCCAUUGUUCUACGGAGCAAUCUUCGAGCCCUCUUUUAAUUAAAAACCAAUUCCAAAUAAUAUUAAUGAUAUUAAUUCACAAUAUAUAUGUAUGUACCUACAUAGGAAAUAUUUUUUUAAAAAUAAAUUUUUAUAAAA